GGACAAGUGCUAAAAAAAUAAAGGCCUUGAUUUAGUCAAGGGAGCAGACAUCUAUUAACUCAAUUUCACGGUGGUUGGCACUUGGCCCCUUGUCGCACGCAGGCACUCAUAUAAACCCUCAAGGAGCGGGUAGGCAGCAGGCUGAGCCGCAGCACACAACUCCCAGUGCACGAACAAGCUCACCAAAACACCCCAACCGUACCGUGGUAAUGCUGUCUCUCCUGCUGGUGGCCGGUCAAGUGGCCACGUCCCUCUCCAGUCCAUUCCCUGCCGUCCGUGAAUACCCUCGCCUCAAGUGUUCCGGGGGCUGGGAGCUCAUAGACGGGACUUGCUUCCUGUUGGCUGAUGCCUCUGGAACUUGGGAUGCGGGCCAUUCCUUCUGCAGCCAACGGGGAGCCUUCCUGGCCACAGUCUCGACCCAUACACAGCAGAAUACCAUAAAGGCGAUGCUGAGCCAGAGUGUGUGGAUCGGCCUCUUGUACCUGAAGGAGGGCCAUAGUUUCGGCUGGGUUGACGGCUCGCAACACAGCUACACCAGCUGGAAUGGCGGUGAACCCAACAACCAUGGAGUUCCCAGGGGGCUCGGCGGCACAGAGAACUGCGUGGAGAUGCGCGAUGAUUUUGGCUACAUGUGGAACGACGAUCGCUGUGACGAGAUCAAGCAAUUCCUGUGCAGCAGGCCACCUGAGGAAACCACCACCCCCAACCCCACCCCCGCCGCCGUGUGUGAGGAAGGCUGGGACAUGUUUAACGCUAUGUGCUACAAGGUGAGCGACGGACAGGCUUCGUGGCCCACAGCCCGCGAAGCCUGUCUUGACCAAGGCGCCCAGCUGGCCGCCGUCACCUCUGAGGGACAACAUCACUUCCUGGUUGCGCGCCUCCUAUCUAUCGGCUCCGCCUGGAUCGGCCUGAAUGACAGGGUGGAGGAGGGAACCUUCACCUGGGCGGACGGCACGAAGCCCAGAUACACCAACUGGCAUGACCGUGAGCCCAACAAUCUUGGUGUGGGCGAGGACUGCGUCGAGAUCAAAUCUGUGGGUCGCUACAUGUGGAAUGACCUCCCUUGUGACGCGGAGAGACGGUUCGUUUGCCAGAAGCCCCCCUCAGUAAGGCCUGUGUCCUUCCCACAAGCUUGGCAGCAGUGCCUGCCAUCUUCCGACGCCAUCUUCCGCGUCUGACAGCAAUGGUGGAACAAGAACUGUCAUGAGGCUACAGUCGCCGAUAACCUUUAUUUAAUUAUUUGUUUUCAAUAUCUUUAAGUAGUAACGCACUUGGAUUUCUCGGGAUUUCAUUGAUACUGUAACAACACUUGGUAUUAUGUAUUACUGCAGGUGUCUUAACUGUGCCUAGUUUCAUUGAUACUACUUUGCGGUAUUACUGUUUAUGCUUUUUUUUUCGUUGUUAAGUGACAGGUGGAAAAGAUUUCCCUUGACAUUCCUUGCUAAUACUGAUACAAUUUGUAACUGUUCUAUGUCUUUGCAUGUGCUACCAAACCAUAGAUAGCAUCACUAUGUUCCUUGACAGUUCUGUUGCUGGUGUUGAAGUGGCUCACACGAAUAUAAUACAUUUCAAUA